AUGAAGACAAAGAAUCGUAACCAAAUCUAUAUACAGGGGGUUUAUGCAGUGGAAGGGCAGCAAGAAGAGCCUUGGAUUGUGGAUUCCUCCCAAAAUCCAAGGAUGUCUCUCUCACAUGCUCUGUGUUUGAAUUCAUUUGGUCCAUUUGUUCUUAUCUUUCUCUUUUUCUCUUCCAUCUCGUUUUCCUUCCACCCUGCAUCCUGUACCACAACCACCUUGCAAAACCACACUGACCGGCAGGCCCUUCUAUCCUUCAAGUCUCUGCUGUCCGAUCCCUUGGGAAACUUGGCCUCAUGGAAUAAUGAAUCCCUCCAUUUCUGUAAUUGGCGAGGUAUCACUUGUGGUGGCCGGCGGCACCUGCUACGUGUCACCGCUUUAGAUAUUGACUCCCAGGGACUUGCUGGUUCUAUAUCACCCUCCAUAGCCAACCUCACCUUCCUCAGACGAAUCAACCUCGCAAACAACCAACUCUAUGGACAAAUACCACCAGAGCUCAGCCUUCUUCCCCGACUUCAAUACCUCGACCUUAGCACAAAUUCACUUGCAGGAGAGAUUCCAUCCAAUCUCACUCACUGCACCAACCUCAAGAGCCUCAGCCUAAGGAACAACAUGCUUGAAGGAGAGAUACCCAGGGAGUUCGGCUCCCAUGGCAAGCUCCAAAUACUGAGUGCCACUAGUAACAAUCUUACAGGUGGCAUCCCACCUUUGCUGGGGAGCAGCCCCUCCCUCACUCACGUUUAUCUGGGAAACAAUGGUCUCACAGGAGGGAUCCCGCAUUUUCUUGCAAAUAGCUCAUCCCUUGUUGUUGUCAAUCUUUCACGCAACAGUCUCACAGGAGAAAUCCCGCAGUCACUUUUUAACAGUUCGUCCCUCCAGACCAUCCAUCUUUUCAAAAACGGAUUGACAGGUGAGAUACCUUCCUUCCCAAUGAUUCGCGCUUCUCCCCUCGUCCUUCUUGCUUUGUCGAUGAACUCACUUUCAGGAACCAUCCCUCCAUCGUUGGGAAACCUCUCCUCCCUCCUUUAUCUUUAUCUUGCUGACAACUACUUGGAGGGAAGUAUUCCAGAAAGCUUGGGCAAGAUUCCGGGCCUGAAAGACCUUGACUUAUCCAUAAACAACCUGAACGGAAAAAUGCCGCCACCUCUUUACAAUCUCUCAUCGCUAGCUUAUUUGGGCGUGGGCGCCACCUGGCUCUCCGGGACCCUACCACCAGACAUCGGCAUCACCCUUCCAAACCUCCAAUCUCUAGUUAUGCAAUCGAGCCUAUUUCAUGGGUAUAUCCCAGCUUCGUUAUACAAUGCUUCCAAGAUUCAAAUGCUCGAUCUAGCCAUGAACUCGUUUAAAGGAUUACUGUCUUCCAGUGUAGGAUCCCUAAAAAAUCUAGUCGAGCUAAAUCUUGGGGAGAAUCAGCUCCAAGGUAAUGUUUGGAGCGUGCUCUCCUCUUUGACCAACUGUAGCCUUUUAGAGAGGUUAUAUCUACAGGAAAAUAAGCUUGAAGGCACCCUCCCGGCAUCGGUAGGCAAUCUCUCCACACGGCUUGAGAAGCUAUUCGUUGGAGGAAACCAAAUAUCUGGGACCAUCCCAGUUGAGAUUGAAAACCUUGUCAACCUUACCGUUCUGUUUAUAAAUAAAAAUUUUUUUACAGGAAGCAUCCCUCCCACCAUUGGAAGGCUUCAGAACUUAAUUCUCCUAGACAUGUCUGGUAACAAACUUUCAGGUCUCAUCCCAUCUUCUAUAGGAAAUCUCACCCAAUUAAAUGAGCUUUACAUGGAAGAGAAUGAAUUGAGCAGCAACAUCCCAGCAAGCUUCGGAGAUUGUAGAAAUUUGAAUAUAUUGAACCUUUCUAAUAACGCACUUGCUGGACCCAUACCGAAGGAACUUGUUGCUCUCUCCUCACUAACACGAGCCCUGGAUCUGUCACAUAAUAAUCUCACUGGGUCCAUUCCCAUGGAAGUGGGUAGCUUGCUCAACCUCGACUGCUUAAAUCUCUCCAAUAACUGGUUGUCAGGUGAAAUUCCUGGCACUCUCGGUGCUUGUCAGCAUUUGGAAUACCUUCACUUGGAAGGCAACUUCUUUCAAGGAAACAUUCCACAAUCCUUCGUCAGCUUGAGAGGACUCGAGGAGCUGGAUCUUUCUCGAAACAACUUGUCCGGGCAAAUUCCAGAAUUCUUGGGAUCUUUUACUUAUUUGCGGUACCUAAAUCUGUCAUUCAAUGACCUUGAAGGUGAAGUGCCUAAGGAUGGUGUCCUUAGCAAUUCAAGUGAAACUUUUGUCCUUGGGAACAAGCGGCUUUGUGGAGAUGAUCCAAAGUUGCAGUUACCACCAUGCUCUAUCCAAGCCUCCAAAAGAAGUCUAUUCAAGAUAAUAAUAAUCAUAAUUGCGAGUUCUGCAGCAAUAUUAUUCUCGUGUUUUCUGGUGAUUCUUUUGCAGCUGAGGAAGGGACGGCAGAAAUCUCCAUCGAUGCCUUCCCUGGAAAACAAGUACAGAAUAAUAUCUUACAUUGAUAUCCUCAAAGCUACUGAUGGAUUCUCCUCAGCUAAUUUGGUGGGUACUGGAAGUUUUGGUACUGUAUAUAAAGGGAAAUUGGAUUGCGAAGAGAAGUUCAUUGCUGUGAAGGUAUUCAACAUUCAACAGUUUGGAGCUCUGAAGAGUUUUAAAACCGAAUGUGAAAUCAUAAGAAAUGUUCGUCAUAAUAAUCUUAUCAAAGUCAUCACUUCAUGCUCAAGUACGGAUUCUGUUGGUAAUGAUUUCAAAGCUCUAAUCCUCGAAUACAUGCCUAAUGGGAGCUUGGAAGAGUGGCUGCAUCCUAAAGCUCAGGAGCGUCAUCAGACAAGAAAGUUAAACCUGAGUCAGAGGUUGAACAUUGCCCUUGAUGUGGCUUCGGCUCUAUGUUAUCUACAUCAUAGCAUCGUCGUGCCAGCGAUUCACUGUGAUCUAAAGCCAAGCAAUGUUCUUCUUGACCAUGACAUGACUGCCCAUGUGGGUGAUUUUGGGCUUUCAAGGUUCCUCUCUACUUCGGUCUCUACGACAGCCAAAAAUUCAACAAGCUUAAUGGGGAUAAAAGGAACGAUUGGAUAUGUCGCACCAGAAUAUGCAAUGGGCAGCCAAAUCUCUACGCAGGGAGAUGUGUAUAGCUAUGGAAUACUAUUGCUGGAGAUGCUUACAGGAAAGAAGCCCACGAAUAACAUGUUUAAAGAUGGUCUAAAUCUUCAUAAAUUUGUCAAUAUGGCUUUCCCGGAAAGAGUCAUGCUGAUUUUGGAUCCACAGAUUUGGCAAGAUGAUCAAAGUGAAGAAUUUAAUGGAGAUAUUAGAAAUGAAAAUUUUGGAAGAAUUGAACAAAGGAGAUGUGUAAUUUCAUUGACUAGAAUUGGUCUCUUGUGUUCCAAGGAAUCACCAAAAGAACGACUAAGGAUGCAAGAUGUUGCCAACGAAGUUCGUGCAGUCAAAGAAAUGUUUUCAAUAGUUGAAAGUAGUUGA